UAUAUACAAAUAUAUUAUUUAGUAAUUUUUCAACACAGCAUCAUAAAUUUCAAUUUCAGCGAAUAAAUCGUUUAACAAACGAUGAAACUAAACAGAAAACAAAUUUGACAAUUACCUAUUAGGUUAGGUCACAUUUUAUUUUAUUCCUUAUUUUUACUGUCUGUGUUCUGAAAUGGGCCAAUCAGCUAUCAUUUGCGUACUACAUGCGUACUAGUAAAAAAUUUGAUUUAGUGGCUCCAGAACUCAUUUUGGGAAGAUCUGAAGAAUGUGAUAUAGUCAUUCACAAGUCUAAAUUUUUAGAGAAAGAAUUAGUUUUUGUGAGCAAAGAACACUUUAUAAUUCAAAGGGAUUUUGAAGACGAAUUUAUUGUCUACUUACACGACUUGAGCAAAAAUGGGACUUAUGUGAAUGAUGCUUUGGUAGGAAGGCAUAAAAGAAUUAUUAUACAGAAUAAUGAUUCCAUUGCCAUCGGCAAUAAACUCAAAGUGUAUAUUUAUAAGUCAAUGAAUCAUCCAGUGGAAGAGAGUUUUAUUCCAGCAGAACUGAGAAAAAAAUAUGUAACCUCACGGUUAUUAGGUGUAGGUGGUUGUGGACAAGUUAGAUUAGUUUAUGAUAAGCCUCUGAUAGUUCGAACAAAAGAAAUUUUGGAAGAUGGUUCAGAUGUUUAUAUAGUACUUGAAUAUAUGAAAGGAGGAGAAUUGAGCACAAGAAUCAGUUGUGGGCCAACAUUUUCAGAAUCUACUGCUAAAUUCUUUUUUUAUCAAAUGGUUCUAGCAGUGCAAUAUCUACAUUCUGUUGGAAUAACUCAUAGAGAUCUCAAGCCUGGAAAUAUCCUUCUUUCAACGACAGACACCAAAACACUUUUGAAAAUUACCGACUUUGGUUUGAGUUUUCUGCUGAUGGGCUAUGAAGAAGUGAUGAAAACCGUGUGCGGUACAUUAUUCUACAUAGCCCCAGAAAUUUUGAAUCCUACCAUUAAGGAAUACAAUAGUCAGGUGGAUAUUUGGAGUUUGGGAGUGAUUUUGUUUUAUAUGCUUUCCAAACAACUACCAUUUCAGUCAAAUGAUAGAGCUAGUCUAGUUAGGCUUAUAAUUAAUGGAAAGUAUAGCAUGAAAGAACCCAUCUGGUAUGAAAUAUCAUUUCAAGCUAAAGACUUGAUUGCAAAAAUGCUGAAAGUCAAUCCAAAGGAGAGAAUCAACAUCCACGACAUUUUAAGUCAUUCAUGGAUUGAGAAGGAUCACCUCUUGCGUUAUACGGUAGAGAAUAUGCUGAAAAAAGAAGUUGAAAGGAAUCAGCAAACUUCUAUGACCAAUUGAUUUCAGCUGUUGAAUGUGAUUUGGUAAAACUGUGAUAUUGAUGUUCCUACAACGGUGAGUGCUAUAAAUUGUAAAUAAUACAAGAAAAGCUUGGCGAAUAAAUCAGCCACAAGUUCAAAAUUAAUAAUUAGUUGUUAAUUGUGAGAAACAAAAGCUUUAUGUUCAGACUAUUAUUGAGUAAGAGGUUCAUUUCCUUUAGAGUAACUAUCUUUUAUAAAUAACUUGAAAAAAAAAAUUAUUCCAAUGACUUAUUGUUGUUGAAACUUCCUACACAAUAAAAAGUUGGAAGAGUUAUUUGAUGGAUCCAGUUUUUUCUUCUAUUUUCGGAUUUUGAAUAUUUUCUGACUAGUUGGUCUCCUCUGAGAACUAAUAUUCUGUGUGGAAUCAUUUAGUAAAUAUUAUUAGGGUAAUGUUUCUACAACUAGGAAAUAAAAUUAGGGAAAUGUUUUAACUUAGUUUUCCUGGCUAUUUCAACACUUUUUCAAUGAUAAGUUUUUUAAUAAUAUUCUUUAAACUCUUCCAGAGCCUUUCCCUAUUCAGUACUUAUAACUGAGUAGUUGAAGUUUUAUAUUUUUUGUCAGUGUUUGGGUUUUUGUCAGUAUGAUAGAAAUAUUAAUCUUCCUGUUAGUAGAUUAUUCAAAAUAUCAACUUCGUCUUUGCAAGAAACACUCUGUUUCAUGGACAAUAACAUUCAAAUUGAGAAUGUGAGGUUACACCUACCCCAAAUGGUAGAUUCAAAAUUCAAUGAUGUUGAUGUUAGUUUCAGAGCUGGCCGUUACUUCACAUCAUGUUCGGGUCUAUAGUUUUGUAGAGGCAGUGUAGAAGGUCAUAUCUUUGUAGUAUUUAGGUAUGAAAUUCGUCUGUGUUAUUUCCAGUGUACUACUCAGUUUUCUAAACAAAUUAAAUCUCUAUGAACUAUGUGUUGGAUAAUAUAUAUUCUCUGUCAAAGAAUCAUUUGAAUGAUUUAUCUCAUUGUCAAAUAUCUUACAAUGUUUCGAUUUUACUAUUUAUAUUUCAAAGUUUUCUAGGGUGCAUCAUUUUUUUGUUGAUUUCAUGGUGAAGUAGGUAUUUUUACAUCCAAAACAGUAUUUUUCCAUAACAGGAUAUCAUUCAAAUCAACAUUUAUAUUUUUUAAAUUUUAAGUUAUGGAUUCAAAUUCCCAAUUCAUGAUUUGAAUUGAUAUAUGUUUUUGUUAUGAAUGAAUUUUUUCCUGUUUUGACUUGUCAAUUGUCUUUUCAACCACUUUCAAAUAUAUUUUAUUUUUCAUAUAAGUACAUUUGGAAUUCUUCAAAAUUUUUACCAUAUAAAAAUUGUAGCUAAGAUUUUAAUUUCUUGAUUUUAAUUAUAUAAAACUACACUUUCGAGAUAUUUGAUAUUUUCAAACAAACAUUGUACAGAAGUACAACUGUAGUUUUUAUCAUAUUAAGUUUAUACAUUAUUUAUGAAAUAUUUUUAAGUAUAAUUUAUUUUAGAGAUAGACUGAUUUGGCCAGGGCCCAUGGCAUUUUUAGUUUACUUUGUAUUUCUAAUAUUUAAAUUUAAUAGUUUAGACGGCACUGCUUUGAAACAGUAGUGUUAUUGUUGAAAUAAAGCAAUGACUUGAAAG